AUGGUCCUCCUCGGCAUCCUUAGAAUCCUUUUUUUGGGACUGGGGCUUUUUAUGGAACAUGGGGUCCAAAUGGCAAAGGUAGGGCAGCCCUCUAAUGCCCUCAUGGCUGAUGCCCCUUCCUUGCCCCUGAUUCGGGAGCUACUAGAAGAAGCUCCUGGCAAGCAGCGGAAGAAGCCACCUGUCCUAGGGCAUCCUUUGCGGUACAUGCUGGAGUUGUACCAGCGUUCAGCUGAUGCACGUGGGCACCCUAGAGAAAACCGCACCAUUGGGGCCACUAUGGUGAGGCUGGUGAGACCCUUGGCCAAUGUAGCAAAGCCUCUCAGAGGCCCCUGGCAUACACAGACCCUGGAAUUUCCUCUGACACCAAACCCAGUAGCAUACCAACUGGUCCGAGCCACUGUGGUUUACCGCCAUCAGCUCCACCUAGCUCGUUUCCAUCUCUCCUGCCACGUGGAGCCCUGGGUCCAGAAAGGCCCAGCCAGCCAGUUUCCCUCUUCAGAAACCGGUUCCUCAAAGCCUUCCUUGCUGUUCAAAGCUUGGACAGAGAUGGAUAUCACACAACAUGUUCAAAGGCUCUGGAAUCAGAAGGGGCGCAGGGUUCUACGGCUCCGCUUCAUGUGCCAGCAGCAAAAAGGUAGUGAGAUUGAGCUUCAAUGGCAUGGCACUUCAUCCUUGGACACUGCAUUUUUGUUACUCUACUUCAAUGAUACUCAUAAAAGUGUUCGGAAGGACAAACUUCGCCCCAAAGUCCUGGAGGAGUUCAUGGAAGGGGACUCUUCCCUCCUCUUGCGGAAAGCCCGACAAGUAGGCAGUAUCACAUCCAGAGUUCCUGGCCCCUUCAGGGAACAUGAUGAGCCUAAAAGUAACCAGUGUUCCCUCCACCCUUUCCAAGUCAGCUUCCAGCAACUGGGCUGGGAUCACUGGAUUAUUGCUCCCCAUCUAUAUACUCCAAACUACUGUAAGGGAGUCUGCCCUCGGGUACUACAUUAUGGUCUCAAUUCUCCCAAUCAUGCCAUCAUCCAGAACCUUGUCAAUGAGCUGGUGGACCAGAGGGUCCCUCAGCCCUCCUGUGUUCCAUAUAAGUAUGUUCCCAUUAGCAUCCUUCUGAUUGAGGCAAAUGGGAGUAUCUUAUAUAAGGAGUAUGAGGAUAUGAUUGCCCAGUCCUGUACAUGCAGGUGA